GGAGGAGGAGGAAGAGGCGGCUGUGGGCUGAGGCUGAAGGAACGCGUGGGACUGCAGGGUUACGGUUCAGUGGGACAGGACGGGACGGGAGGGCUCAACUCCCCACCUCCAGGUACCACCUGGGCUGGGCGGCAGCCUCAGCACAGCAAUUUUGCUCUCUGCCCUUCGAUCCCCCCCCCGUGUCCACCAUGGGAGCCACGGAGGGAUGUGGGAUCCUAUGAGUGGGUGCUGGGGGUGCCAUGGCCACCCUGGGGACACAGCCGUCAUCCCCAAUGGGUCCCCAGGGCUGUGGCUGAUGUGUGGGGAGAGCCCGGGGUGCGGCCCUUCCUGGAGUGGGGCCACGGUGGCUGCCGUGCAGGGAGUGCCCUGUGGGGCCCCGGGGACCUCAGGGCGUGGGGACGGGCAGCACCCGGAGAUGCUCUGAAAGGGCUCACAACGGCCGUGCUGCUCCUUGUGUGCCCCAGUGAGCCCUGGUGGCUGAUCGGAGGGUGCUGAGCACCCCGAUGUUGGCAGGGGAGAGGCAGUGUCCCCCUCUUGGGACGCCAGGGGAUGGGUGGGCAGGGAGUACCCCAUGCGCCAUCACCUGCGGGUAACUGCGGCCAAUUGGCACACCGGGCUGCUCCAUGUCGAGGAGGCUGCGGAGGAGCAGGAGGGUGGUGCUGGAAAAGCCGUGGCAGAGCCUGGAGGAGAGGGGCAGCGCACAGCCGGACCCACACCCCGCACUCGCCAGAUCCAGAACCUACGACCCUCCUACGUGCACCGAGACCCCGGAGGUGUCGGGUCAGCCGGGAUCCCCAAACCCACUCAGCAAGCGCCGCGCUGCCUUCCACAAAGCCUUUGAGGAGAUUGCGGGGCGCGAGGAGCUGCUGGCCUGCUUCUCCUGCGCCUGGCAGCGCGAGGUGCCCUACCACGGCCGCCUCUACGUCUCCUCCGGGCACCUCUGCUUCCACGCCAGCGUGCUGCUCAGGGACAUCAAGGCUGUUGUCCCGGUGGCUUCUGUCUGUGCCCUCAAGAAAACCAACACGGCGCUGCUGGUGCCCAACGCGCUCAGCGUCCGCACGGCGCAGGGGGACAAGUUCCUCUUCGUGUCGCUGCGCCGGCGCGAGGCCACCUACCAGCUGCUGAGAUCGCUCUGCAGGCACCUGCAGGACAAUACCUGGAGCCCCCCAGCCUCUCCCCUCAACAACAGCACCAAGCAAAGCCCUAGGAAAUCCCUGACCUCGAGCCACUCAGACCUGGAGCGGUGCACACCGGAGCCUGACGGUUUCGUGGAGCUGCAGGAUGAGCCAAACCCAACGCCGAACGGAGCAGAGGAGGAUGAGGAAGAAGAGGAGGAGAUGGCAGAGGACACUCCAAUUCUGGGCAGAGGGGGACCCCACACAGCACUGCCAGCCCAAAGCGCCGCGCAGCUGCGUGCCUUCAACACCAUCAUCGUGCUCUAUCUGCUGCUGAUGGUGGCACUGCUGCUGACCUCGGGGUACAUCGGGCUGCGCAUCCUGGAGCUGGAGCAGCAGCUGGCAGCCCUGGGGGCUUGGCCAGAGCUCAGCGUGGUGCAGCGGCACAAGAAGACGUGAGGCCAGCAGGGACCGGGCUGUCAUUGGGUCACCAGGCCGUGGGACUGCCUUCGGGACUCCCCGGAUGGUGGGGAUCUCCACGUACCUUCCAGCACCCCCAGGGAGCCUCCGCAGGCCGUGGGGCUCCAUCCCCCCCCCCCCCCCCCCACGCUUCGCCCCCCUGAGCUCAUUAUGUGAGCACCGAUCUGAGGGCAAAGUGGACUCAUGGGGGCAGCCAGAGCCGGGCCCCCAAAGUGGGGCUGUGUGGGGCAGCGACCCCCAGGUGUGCAGGCACAGCGGGGCACGGGGGCCAUGGGGGAUACUGAACUGUUUUUAUUAAUAAAGAGCUGACGUGGUGCUA